AGCACACGAACUUAACCACUCGGCCACAGGGCCAGUCACUGGGAAUAAUUAUUUUAAAAAGCUGAAGCUGAAGACUGUCAAAGUGAUAGACAAAAGGGCUGUGCCCUCACUGACCCAUUUCCCCCAGCCCUGACUAACAGCAUUCCUCCAACGUGCAAACUCCAUGCAGGAGAAGGGCAUCUCCUUGCGGUGGCUUUGAUUUGCAUUGAUUUAAUUACCUAGGCUGAACAUUUCUUGGUUAAGUCUAUUAGCCAAGUUGGCUUCCUUUCUGGCAACUGGUCUGUUCGUGUCUCCAUUCCUUUCAUCUUUAGGGUUUCAGUGUUUUUCUGAUCAAUUUCUUGAGCACUGUAGACAAUAAUGGUGUUGAGACUUUGCGACAUUUCCUGCAAAUAUUUUUCCUAUUGUUUGCCUUUGUAUUUUGUAACCAAUGUUGCUUGUGUUCUUUAGCUAAUGGACCACCUCUCUUUUUUUGCGAUGUCUACUCUGACUUCUAACAUUAGAAAGCACUCCCCCUUCCAGAGGUGAUAAAUGUCCACUUCUAUUUUUUUUUAGGAGCGAUUGAUAAAACGUAUUAAAGUCUUUGACUCUGUCUGCAUUCCAGUCUUCCUCUUCCGGUUGGCAGAUGGUGUGAGGAAGGGACCUGGCUUCCUGCUUGCACAGCACAGUCCAACUCCGGCUCAGCCGGGGGGCCACAGGCUCCAGGCCCGAGAGCAUCAGGGUGAAGCCUGGGCUGCUGUUUCUCGGGUCACCCAAGUGAGCCAUGUCCCUGGGUCCUCCGGAGCCCCCAACUUUCUCAGGCCCACUCAUUUUCUGAUGCAUCUUGACUUCUGUUGCUUGCUAGAUGUUAAGGCGGAACUGCCCUUGGAAGAAUUGGCUUUAAAAAAAAAAAAAAAAAAAAGGCAGAGAAAAGUGAGAAAGACACAUGAGAGGAAGCAGUGGGCCCCAAAGAGUCUGAAAGGCCUCUGGGAUCCGGAAAUUGAUCAUCAGGAGGCUGGAGAAGCUGAUCACACAGACGUUUUGAAACACUUUCCACAGUUUAUGAUUAGACAUUUUUUCCCUUAAAUUACUUCUGGCCAUCUCCUCUCACACUGUAGGUUGAGGUCUGUUUUCUUCACCUCCAUAUUCCCCGUAACUGGAAUAGUGUUGGGCACCAAGCGUGCUCAAAAAUACUUGUAGACCGAAUCAAUGAAUCAAGGAAUGAGUCUGGAAUCCCGCUUCCCAUACUCUGCCCUCCCUCCCGUCAGCCCCCCCGCCUCCCGCCAGGUAGCCCAGCACGCCCUACCCGGAAUCUCCAACGCGGGUGGGGGUGCGGAGGAGGGACAGGGAAGGCAGAGGAGGCGGGAGAAGGCGGGCCAGCACCUGGUGGCAGUCUCGAAUUGAGGGUGACGCCCCUCCCCCUGGCAGGGCUGCUGGAGAAGCGAAGUGAGAACCUGGGGUGGGGGGCAGAAGGUCGAGAGGUAGUCCUGGGGCGGGUUUGGGGGACGAUGGGAAGAAGGGAGAGCGAGGCGGGGAGAGACCCUCGCCCCGCCCGGCGCUGCUGCCGGCGGCCACUAGAGGGCAGGGCAGCGCUGACCCGGAGGGCCCGCCAAGGCCGGGGGCGGAGCGGGGGGCUGCCCCACACCCGGCCCCGGCCCAGCGCCCCCGGCCCCCACCGCCUCCCAGGGCGCACCGCAGCACACCCAGUCCACGCGCGCACCCACUGCGCAGGCGGGGAAAUUGAGGCAGGGCUCUGCCUGCCAUCCAGCGCCCUCCACCCCCAGCCUGGUGGGGAGCCCCCAGGGGGCCCCCCACUGCGACCCCGCAGCCCUGGCAGGGCGUGGCCGCCCGAACCCCAAUUCCGGCUCUGACGUCAGCCCCGUGUUCCAAAUAACUUCCUCCCGGAGCUGCUUUCGCCGGGGCCGCACAUCCCGGAGGCCGGCCGGUCGCGCCCAGGUCAGGGACGUCCCGGGACUGUCAUACCGGCCCGGCCUUCCCAGAAGCAGCUUCCGCCCCGCCCGCCCUGGGCCGCGGGUUCCGGGAAGCCCCCCGCCAGCGGCCCGGGGAAGGGGGUGCAGCCGUGGGGAGGGGACCGGGGUUGGGGCUAUCCUGGGGCGGGUUCUGGGACCUACGCGCUUGCGUGGGGGCUGCUGGGGCUUGGUGUUCUGGGGGGAGGGCCCGUGAGGGGCGCUGGGGUCAGCUGGGGACACCCCCAUCAACGUCCCGACUCUGCCCCCUGCUCUUUGUUCCAUAAGCACCGGUGGCCUGGACCACCCCAUCAGUGUAAGCCCCACCCUGGACUCUUGUGUUCACUGCGGCCGGGUCACAGUAGGUGCCCAAUAAAUACGAAUGAAUGAAAUGAAUGAAUGAAACAAGGAGGGUCUCAAGGGCCGCUGCAGUCAGCUUAUGUGAGGCCUGUGGUGAGUUGGGGGGUGUCUGUGGUCAGUCAUGGUGGAGGCAGAACCCCAGGACGCAAGCACCCUAAUGAGGCAGGCGCACCCUGGCACCAAGACCCUAAGGAGUUUGAGGGAGGGGUCUGGCUCCUCCAGGUUCGGGGGUUCAAGGCCAGGUCAUAGAGCAGUCGGGGUUCUGGGGCGCCUCCUUCCUGUGAGAGGAGCUGGGCGGGCCCGGCUGACAGGUCGGGCGGCAUAGCCGAGGCGACACUCACCUCCAGCAUAAAACCCCACUUCAUGGAGCCCCGCACCUCACACCACGGCUCUUGGAGCUCCCGCCACCACUGUCCCCUGCCCAGUCCCCAGCCAGGCUGAGACCAUGAGGCGGCCGCUGGCCGUGGCCCUGCUCCUGCUGCUGCUGUGGAUUGGGACUCAGGGGGCCGAGUCAUUAAGCGUCUGCGGGCGCCCGAGGAUGAGGAUGCUGAACCGGAUGGUGGGCGGGCAGGACGCCUCGGAAGGCGAGUGGCCCUGGCAAGUCAGCAUCCAGCGCAACGGAAGCCAUUUCUGCGGGGGCAGCCUCAUCACGGAGCGCUGGGUCCUCACCGCGGCGCACUGCUUCUCCAACACGUCCGAAACAGCCCUGUACCAGGUCCUGCUGGGGGCGCGGCAGCUGGUGAAGCCAGGGCCGCACGCUGUGUACGCCCAGGUGAAGCGGGUGGAGAGCAACCCCCUGUACCAGGGCAUGGCCUCCAGUGCUGAUGUGGCCCUGGUGGAGCUGAAGGCUCCCGUGACCUUCACCGAUUAUAUCCUCCCCGUGUGCGUACCUGACCCCUCGGUUGCCUUUCAGACGGGCAUGAACUGCUGGGUCACCGGCUGGGGCAGCCCCAGUGAGCAAGACCGCCUGCCCAACCCACGGAUCCUGCAGAAACUCGCCGUGCCCAUCAUUGACACGCCCAAGUGCAACCUGCUCUACAGCAAAGAUGCUGAGUCCAACUUCCAGCCGAAAACCAUCAAGGACGACAUGCUGUGUGCUGGCUUUGCUGAGGGCAAGAAGGACGCCUGCAAGGGCGACUCUGGGGGCCCCCUGGUGUGCCUCGUGGGCCAGUCGUGGCUGCAGGCUGGGGUGAUCAGCUGGGGCGAGGGCUGCGCCCGCCGGAACCGCCCAGGCGUCUACAUCCGGCUCACCUCCCACCACAGCUGGAUCCAUCGGAUCAUCCCGGAACUGCAGUUCCAGCAGGCUAGGUUGGGCAGUCAGAGGCGGGGCCCCCGGCUCCAGCAGCCCCUGGGUCGGAACUUUGCGCCCUGCCUGGCAGCCCACGCUGUCUUCCUGGUCCUCACGGCCCUGCUCACCUUCCUCUGAGCCCCGGGUCCACGGUGUACAUUUUGUAAAUAGCUCUCCAAUUCUCCCUUCUCUCAAAUGCCCAGAUAUUUUUAUUUAUGUUCAUUCUCCAAUAAAAACCCAACCUCAGUG